AUGUCGACACCCGUUGCAGCCACCACCCCCGCAGUCCCGCUCGGCGUAGCGACCAACACGACCGUGUCGACGCCCGUCAAGAGGCAGGGCUUCUUCGGCCGCCUCAAGGCCCGCAUGAACCACGGACCGAUCCUCGCCAUCCGCCGCGUGGUGUGGAUCCUGCUCUCGGGCAUCCCGCUCGCCCUGCUCUUCGUCAUGUCGGCCAUCGCCUUCGCCGUGACCAUCAUCGGCCUCCCGGUGGCGUGGGAGCUGCUCAAGGUGGCGCGCUACGCCUUCUGCCCGAUCGGAUACAAGGCCGUGCCGGCGUCGGGCCGCGGCAAGAACCCGCUGCGCAACCCCAAGUCGCCGCUCACCGUGGCAGCCAACGUGAUCUGGGCGCUCUUCUUCGGCAUCCCGAUCUCGGUCAUGCUGCUGGGCAUGUGCAUCGUGCAGGCCCUCACCAUCGUUGGCAUCCCGUCGGCGCUCAACUUCCCCAAGAUGGCCAUCUUCGCCCUGUGGCCCAUCGGCAAGAAGAUCGUGAGCGCCGAGAAGUACAAGGCCGCCAAGACCGCCCGCCGCGACCUCGCCACCGCCGAGGCCGUGAGGAGGAACGAGGCCGCCGCCGUCGCCGCCACCACUCCCGUCGAGAUGGUCUAA